UAAUGUGUCAAUGUCAGCUGUCAUUGCUGUCAAAGUAUAUGCAUGGUUCACUUAACUGUAUUAUUAUAUCAAAAAGCAUGAUAAUAUUCUCCUUUUUAAACAAAUUAUAUGUGUAACGAAUAGGAACGUUGUGAAUUAUCAGUUCUAUCAUAUCCCCGAUUUAGCAAUGUCGGGGAAGAAAUGCAAGCACUGUGGCUCUUCGGAGAUAGAAGUCGAUCCCGCUCGAGGAGAUGCAGUGUGUACAAACUGCGGAACUGUGUUGGAAGACAACAUUAUAGUGGCUGAAGUAGAGUUUCAAGAAAAUGCUCAUGGAGGAGCUUCAGCUAUUGGCCAGUUUGUAUCUGCUGAGUCUAAAGGAGGCGCAACUGGUUUUGGAGGAGCUUUCAAUGCGGGCAUUGGUCAAGAAUCCAGAGAAGUAACCUUACGGAAAGCCAGAGAUGGCAUCACAGCACUCUGUCAGCAGCUGCGUCUCAACCAGCAAUGCAUAGACAUAGCUUGCAACUUUUUUAAGAUGGCGCUCUCCCGGCAUCUUACCAUUGGGCGGCCAGCGAGCCACACGCAGGCAGCUUGCGUGUAUAUGACGUGUAGAACUGAGGGCACGGCGCACCUCCUAAUUGACAUCAGCGACGCGCUCCAAAUCUGCUGCUACCAGCUCGGCCGCACCUACUUCAGGCUCUCUCGGGCUCUCUGCAUCAACAUUCCACCUACUGACCCUUGCCUCUACAUUCUGCGGUUCUCAUCACAGCUGCAGUUCGAAGACAAAUCGCACGAAGUGAGCAUGACGGCUCUACGGCUGGUCCAGAGGAUGAAGCGCGACUCCAUACACUCGGGGCGACGACCGUCUGGCAUUUGCGGCGCUGCCCUCCUGAUCGCCGCUCGCCUCCACAAUUUCUCCCGUACACCGGCCGACGUGGUCCGGAUAGUGAAAGUCCACGAAUCCACGCUGCGCAAGAGACUCCUGGAGUUCGGUGAUACUCCGUCCAGCGCGCUGACGCUUGAGGAGUUCAUGACUGUGGAUCUCGAGGAGGAACAGGAUCCGCCAGCGUUCAGAGCGGCUAGGAAGAAAGAUAGAGAACGGUUACAAAAGUUAAUGGAAGAAGAGGACGGUGAGAAGGAAAUGACUGAUCUGCAGAAAGAGAUAGACGCACAGUUAGAAAAGGACAACUAUAGAAGAAAGAAGGCAGCAGCUUCAGCAGCGAUGCCCUCGACUCCCCUGUCGUUAUUAAACGAUGAUGGCACAUCAGAAGAUGCGGAAGCGUCCCGGUUUGCCGCGGAAGACACAUUAAAUCUCCUCGGCGAGAUCGCCAGCGAGGUUCAACCGAAAUCAGAAGCUUCGCAGAAGCAGGAGAAACUCAAGCUGGAGAAAGGACUAGGUCCGGACUUAGCAGUAAUAGGUCUAGGUAAUAGGCCUGACCACCCCGAAGAGAAAGACAAGUUCCUAAAACCCGAGCCGAAGCCCCAGUUCGGCGCGGACCUGGUGGCGGACGAGCUCGUGCUGGCUCCCAGUGACGAAGACUACGUCAGCUCGCUUAUUAUGAGCGAGGAGGAGGCGAGGCAUAAGACGCAGCUGUGGAAUAAGAUUAACGCCGGAUAUUUGAGAGAUCAGAAAAUCAAAGAAGAAAUGCGAGCCCGAGAAAAGGAGGAAGGCAAAGAUAAAAAGAAGAAAGUCCGUGGCUCAUACAAAAAGAAGACUCCUUGCAACGCUGCUACGGCCGGAGAAGCUAUUGAGAAGAUGUUGGCAGAGAAGAGAAUCAGUAUGAAGAUCAACUACAAUAUAUUGAAGACGCUGGAUCAUCCCGGGGCUCCGAUGUCACCUGUCAGAGAGGCUGCUACCCCUAUUCCUGAAUCGAAACCUCCCACCCCCGCCCCGGUACCCGCUUCUCCAGUGCCCAAGAAACGCAAGAAGAAGGCUCCCCCCGCCGCGCCCAGCCCCGCCCGCCCCGCCCGCCCCGCCCGCCCCGCCGCCGCGCCCGCUACUCCAGCACCGGCCACGCCUGCACCCGCUACGCCGGCUCUUACCGACGCAGGCGACGAUUAUGACGAAGAUGUAGAAGUGGAGCCUACCGCCGCCGCGGAAGAACUCUCUUUAGGCGCCCUACUCCAAAAUGGACAGGACGACGACUAUUAUGAUUACGAGGAAUACUAAUAGUAUCUUAUACAACCGUGAUAUAAUAGAGAGCUUUUCAGUCGAGUACCGUGUUUGCUGAGUUGCCUAAGUAAGGUACGAGAUUGAAAAGCUUGAUUAUAUCACUAUUGUAUACAAUUCUUUUUCUACGAGUCGUCUAGAAUAAUACUUUUUUGUAUCUCAGUAGACAAAAUGUAGACAUAAACGUGUGACUCCCGCCCCACGCCCGCUUGGUCUUUGUAUGGAAGCGCGUCGGCAAGUGACUGGUGAUUUUUUUUAUAGUUGACUACAGCGUUUCGAAAUGCAUCUUAGAGUUGAGUACAUGAAAAGUACGCAAUUAUAGUUUGGUAUACGAAAUCUUAAUUCAAUCAUUACAGUCGACUAGUAGAAAAAUACAUAUAGAGAGGUCUUCCGUUUGUUUAGAUCUGUCGAGUAGGGAUAGCGCACCUCAAAACACCUACGCAUUUGAUUUGAUAAGGUACAAUAGUAAAGAGAUGACAGGUAGAGCCGGCAGAUGACCGAACGAGAUGCUCUUACGGAACUUUCAGUAGGAGUAGCAGAGAAAGCGUUAUUAUUGUUUGUCCUUGUCAGAGUCUCAUUUUUCCCCACCGUAAAUUAUAGUAUGGUUUAUGGUGGGCAACAAAUAACCCGACCAAAUUACGUAGGUUGUUUUUGGUAUGUAGUCAGGAAAUUUAAAACAUGUUUUAAUUUUGUCGCAUUGCGUUCUGUCCCUCACAUCUAUAGGAUCCUACCAUCUAUGGAUGGAACGCAUAAACUAAUCAGUCGGUACUUUUUUAAGAUUACUGGUUAUGUAACAUACCUAACUACUUAUCCUACUAUAUUUUGAUACAUUAGGAAUAACGUACCUAAUGAUUUAGUUUAAGGUGUUAAUUAGUUGUAGUUUAACUUAUUGUAUUCGACAUAUGAUACAUUGCUUACCCAAGUUAGUACAAUUAGCUUAGACGAAAUCUAUGAAUCAGAGAUAAAUCUGAUCGGGCCAUACAUAUUUACCUAUCCAUACAUACUACGAAAUAUGGAUAUUGAAUAAUUGUAAAAAGACGUAACUAAGGGUAGUUACGUCUUUUCACAACAGUCAAUAGGGAUUGACUGUUGUGAAAAUGAGUUAUUUCAACAAACCACGCACGAAAUAAAGCACUAGACAAAUAUUGUAAAAACGUAGACCGCAGUUAUUUUUUGACGCUAUUUCUAUUAAACACAUCGGAAAUUCAAAUAUUUCUUCUAUAGAUUCUUGCGUAUUACAGGAGGGAUAGGUCGGCCUAUUCUUAUUGUACCUUAUAUAGGAGACGGGAGGGGGUCAAAAACUGGCAAAAAUCGUCUUACGUAAUAAAUAAUGUUUCGUGGUCGCGCACUGUGCGAUUUAAGAGGAAUUUCCUCCCGCGGACGCUCCGGCUGUGGAAUGAGCUCCCUUCCUAGGUUUUUCCGAGAGUAUACAGUAUGGGGUUCUUCAAAAAAGGAGUGUACAGGUUUUUAAAGGGUCGGCAACGCGCAUGUAACACCUCUGGAGUUGCAUGCGUCCAUAGGCUACGGUGACUGCUUACCAUCAGGCGGGCCGUAUGCUUGUUUGCCACCGACGUGGUAUUAAAAAAAAUGAAUGGCGCCUCGUCAGUCAAACACCUAGUGCUUUAGGAACAUCAUCGUUAUCAGCAGACCGUAUAUUAUUCACGCUUAUAAUAGUUAUAAUAAAUACAAAAGUAAUAGGUAUUUUCGUAGUCGACAUCUAGCAUCGAGUAGCGGAAUUAUCAGUACCGCUACUUGUCACUAGAUGUCACGAGUGUCGCGACUGACCAAAUGUAAAUUGCUCAACAAUUUACAACUAAUAUUACAAGCAGAAGGAGUAGAAAAUAGAGUUCCGGUUAAUCCGGUUAUAAUAUUAGCUGAAAAUUGUUGAGCAUUAGACUUUUCGUUCGUCGCGACAUCUAUUGUCAAGUAACAGUAUUGAUAGAUAGAUACUUGACAGAUGUCGACUACGAAACUAAUAAGCGUUUUGGUAAGAAAACUGAUGCAUGGAAUGAGCACCCUAUGCUUAUAGUAGUUAGAUUUUUAGCUGGCCCCGAACGGCUUAUCCUUUGUCCAUUGUUAAGCAAAAAAAGGGUCGUAUAAUUCUAAUUGGCACCUGAGCGCGGGCUAGUCCAAUGCUCGAAAAACCAGCGUAGGUGCGCUCUCCGAUAACGCGCCUUUGUUACGCAUCUCGAGGACACAUUUUAGACUGGUUCUGUAGCGUUCGACUCGCCGGCACUCAGUAACCGUAGAGGGACCACACAAGAAAUCGCAAAUUAUUUUUCCAUUUGUUUAUUUUGAAUCUUAUUGCAAUUUUCAUAGGAGUUGUUAUUCAAUAACCGGUUAAAGUGACCGGUCCAUUUUUUAUACAGUAGCACGUGCGGUUUUACUUAACAAUAGACAAAGGAUUAGGCGUUCGGGGCCAGCUACAAAUCGAACAACUAUACUUAUUUAUCUAUGGCUCGAUUAUAGCUGUUGGUACAUUGUGUAUGAAGGACUGAUUUUAUUAUUUUUAGUUUGUAAAAUGUAAACUAUGUUAAAAUAGAAGUAAGAAACUUAGAGAGUUUAAGAAGUUAAACAAUAAUGGCGAAUUAGGAGUUGUGGCAGUUGUCGGGUUCAUCCAGAAAUCAUGUGAUUUUGCGAACUAUUGAGCCUCUCACCUCCUUGGUGACCAGAUCAUGCGCGGCAGACGGAAACAUGGUAUGGCCCUAACUUGGCGCCGUUCCGUCGAGCAAGAGUUGGGGGAAUUGGGGAUGGGGCGGGAGGAGGUUACCCAAACUGCCUAGGACCGAAGUCUGUAAGAAUGAUUCGAACCCGACACCCCAACAGGAAAGAAGAAGACCAGCUUGGUGAUUUUGAUGACAGUUCGUGAAAAUUUAACUCGUGAAAUUUCGUCACACCUAUCCUAACAUCAUCAUACCUAUAUGACUUAUUCCGUGCUAUCUUCACACAUAAAUAAAUUAGAUCAGUGGUUGGCAAUUUUUUUUCAUGCGGGGCCAGAAAGUUUAAGAAAUUUAAGAGAAGGGCCAGAAUUGCAGCAAAACUGUAUUUUGAUUUUCGAUUUUCGUGAGCCAAUGCCAUGUACUUAUUAUUUCAUAGAACCGUCGGCGGGCCGGAUAAAAGCCUUCCGCGGGCCGGAGCUGGCCCGCGGGCCAUACUUUGCCCACCACUGAAUUAGAUAAUAACAUGAUUUCUGGUUGAACCUUGCUACCCGCAGUAAGCUCCUAUUUAUAAGUUUGUCACCACAUCGAGAGAUGUACAUUUUACUUGUAUUUUACCUAAACUAUGUGUGUUAUUUAAUUGCGCUAGAUAUAUUUUUAAUGCAUUAUUUCGUUCUAACAUUGCAUUUUAAAUAUAAAGGUUAUAUUUUUUCAAUCAAAUUAGUUUCCAUGUUAGCUCUUCAUAUAUGUAUUCUAUCUUUAUAUGAGGUAUUGAUCGUUUGGUCUGACCUUUAGACCAGGGAUGUCACGAAUGCCGCAUUCUUCAUAUUCGCGAAUGCGAAUCCGAAUGUCCAGGAUGCGAAUGUCCGAAUGCGAAUACUAGUGUUAGGGAAUAUGUAGUUGUUAUCGUUCCUAAUUAGAAAAACAUGUUAGUGCAUACAACAUAUGUAACCUUAGAAUGGGAUGUUCUUAAAGUAUUGAGAAAUGCUGUCUACUGGUCGAAAUGCAUUACUUGAACAGUUUGCGCGCACUGCCCUUACGCGAGUCGACGAGACAGAAUACGACCUGCGUACAUUCGCAUUCACAAAACAUUCGCUUCAUUUGAAGCAAAUGUGAAUGUUUAAAAUGAUGCGAAUAUUCGUAUGGAUAUUGGAGGGUCUGUCAUCUUGUGGCCGUCAAGUGUUUUCUUGUGCAUAGUAGGUCCUUCCAUCUUGUGGGCUACAUCUGAACAAUAAACAUCACACCUCGCGCCAAAAAUCGGACGGCUCCUGUGCUGUCUCCUACAGAUCAUGCACGCUCCCUAUACUAAUGCGAAUAUUUGUUGACAUCCCUACUUUCGACCUCCCCACUUUGGUAGAAUUCAUCCAAAUUGGUUGAGACUUGUUGAGGCCGCUUGGCUGUCUGAAGCUUUCAAUUAAAUCACUUGGUGAUUAUUGAGUAAUUUUUUUCUCUUUUUUUAUUUUAUAAUUUAUAUAGUGGUGUGUCUAAUGAAACAAAUCAAAAUAUUUAAGAAAAGUAAUUAAGUUUGUCCAAAUCUCAGUAUUUUUGACAAAAGAUCUUCAAUAACGUUAGGGGUGUACACUAAACUGCGGAUAUAACUGACCCCCCCGCAGACAAGUUUCUACGCAGGGGGAUCAGUUAUCUCUCCAGCUUACUAGACCUACAUUAAGCGGAAAAAAGGUGUAAAUAAUUAUUUUAAUAAUUAAGGUAUUUGUUGAAAUUAGCUAGAGCGUUUGAAUUUAACUGAAAAAGAUUUUUUUGAGAAUGUUUUAUGCAACGUUUCAGGAAAAGUCACGGGUACGCCAUUUUUACAUUACUUAUACCUAGGAGUAUACCUUAAAACAACAUUUUAAAUGAUUUGUUAUGUUAGUAGAGCCUGGUAAAGCUUAACAUAAAAAAACUGUUUGUGUAUUUAUAAUAGCAAUAAAUAUAUACCACCUAUUUUAUCUGC